AUGGAUCUUGAAGACGGCCGCAAUGGAAGAGCAGCGGGGAAGAACUUCUUGAAAAGGGACAAAAAAAGGUUUUUCAUUAAAAAAGAUGAGAAGAAAGAAAAGAGACCAACUGUCAGUACUUUUGCAAUGUUUCGCUAUUCAGAUUGGCUCGAUAGGUUGUAUAUGGUGCUGGGGACUUUGGCUGCCAUCAUCCAUGGAGCUGGAUUCCCCCUCACGACGCUGGUGUUUGGAGACAUGACGGAUAGCUUUGCAAGUGCUGGAAAUUUCAGGAACAUAAGUUUUUCAAACAUGACUAAUGCAAGUACUAUAGACAAAACAGAUUAUGGCAAGAAGCUGGAGAAGGAAAUGACCACUGACGUCUCCAAAAUUAAUGAAGGAAUUGGUGACAAGAUUGGAAUGCUCUUUCAGGCAAUAGCAACAUUCUUCACCAGUUUUAUAGUAGGAUUUACAGAAGGUUGGAAGCUCACCCUUGUGAUUCUGGCCAUCAGUCCUGUUGUUGGCCUGUCAGCUGCUAUCUGGGCAAAGAUACUGUCUUCAUUUACUGAUAAAGAACUUUUGGCAUAUGCAAAUGCUGGAGCAGUAGCUGAAGAGGUCUUAGCAGCUGUUAGAACUGUGAUUGCAUUUGGAGGACAAAAUAAAGAACUUGAAAGGUUUGAGUCUCCUUUUUUAAGUUGGUACAACAAAAAUUUGGAAGAAGCCAAGAGAAUUGGUAUAAAGAAAGCUAUCACAGCCAACAUCUCUAUGGGUGCUGCUUUUCUGUUGAUCUAUGCAUCCUAUGCCCUGGCAUUCUGGUACGGGACCUCCUUGGUCCUCUCAAGAGAAUAUUCCAUUGGACAGGUGCUCAUGGUCUUCUUUUCUGUAUUAAUUGGAGCUUUUAGUAUUGGACAGGCAUCUCCAAACAUUGAGGCAUUUGCAAACGCAAGAGGAGCAGCUUAUGAAGUCUUCAAGAUCAUUGAUAACAAACCAAGCAUCGACAGCUAUUCAAAGACUGGGCACAAACCCGACAAUAUUAAAGGAAACCUGGAAUUCAGAAAUGUUCACUUCCAUUACCCAUCUCGAAGUGAAGUUAAGAUCUUGAAGGGCCUCAACCUGAAGGUAGGGAGUGGGCAGACGGUGGCCCUGGUUGGGAACAGCGGCUGCGGGAAGAGCACCACCGUCCAGCUGAUGCAGAGGCUGUAUGACCCCACGGAGGGCAUGGUCAGUAUCGACGGACAGGAUAUCAGGACCAUCAACGUAAGGUAUCUGCGGGAGAUUAUCGGGGUGGUGAGUCAGGAGCCUGUGCUGUUUGCCACCACGAUAGCCGAGAACAUUCGCUAUGGCCGUGAAGAUGUCACCAUGGAUGAGAUUCAGAAAGCUGUGAAGGAAGCCAACGCCUAUGACUUUAUCAUGAAACUUCCUAAUAAAUUCGACACCCUGGUUGGAGAGAGAGGGGCCCAGCUGAGCGGUGGGCAGAAGCAGAGGAUCGCCAUUGCCCGGGCGCUGGUCCGCAACCCCAAGAUCCUGCUGCUGGACGAGGCCACCUCAGCGCUGGACACGGAGAGCGAAGCGGUUGUCCAAGAAGCCCUGGACAAAGCCCGAGAAGGCCGCACCUGCAUCGUGAUCGCUCACCGCCUGUCCACCAUCCAGAACGCGGACAUGAUCGUGGUGAUUGAGAACGGCAGGGUCAGGGAGCGCGGCACGCACCAGCAGCUGCUGGCGCAGAAAGGCGUCUAUUUCACCAUGGUCAGCGUCCAGGCCGGAACGAAGCGCUAG